AUGACUCGGGACGAGCGCAAUGGCGUGAAACGGAAGCAGGAGGACAUGGACGGUGGCAAAUGCGCGGUAGGCAAGUACGGCGUUGCGGCAGUCACCAAUCGCACCGGUAACCAACCUCAUUUGCACCAACAGAAGGGUUACUCGAACCGUGGAGGCGGUGGUGUAGGGGCACAGAAACAAACUGGUGGUGGUAAGAAAAACGGUGCCGGUGAAGGCGAAUAUCAGUUAGUUAAGAACGAAAUGCUGACGUCGAUGUACAACCAGUACGAGGUGCUAGAAUUCCUUGGAAAAGGCACUUUUGGUCAGGUAGCGAAAUGUUGGAAGAAAGGCACCAAGGAAAUUGUGGCAAUCAAGAUCCUGAAGAAGCAUCCGUCGUACGCGCGACAGGGUCAGAUCGAGGUGAGCAUCCUGCAACGUCUGAGUAAGGAAAACGCUGAAGAGUUCAACUUCGUGCGGGCAUUUGAGUGCUUCCAGCAUAAGAACCACACGUGCCUGGUGUUCGAGAUGCUCGAGCAGAAUUUGUACGAUUUCCUGAAACAAAACAAGUUCACGCCGUUGCCGUUGCACCACAUUCGUCCGGUAUUGCAGCAGGUGCUCACCGCUCUGUGCAAACUGAAGCAGCUGGGCUUGAUCCAUGCCGAUCUAAAACCUGAAAACAUCAUGCUCGUCGAUCCGUCCAACCAGCCGUUCCGUGUCAAAGUCAUCGACUUCGGUUCCGCGUCACUCGUCACUAAGGCGGUCACCAACACCUACCUACAGUCCCGCUAUUAUAGGGCGCCGGAAAUAGUUCUCGGACUUCCUUUCAAUGAAGCGAUUGACAUGUGGUCGCUCGGUUGCGUUGUUGCUGAAUUGUUUCUCGGCUGGCCGCUGUAUCCCGGAUCUUCUGAAUUCGAUCAGACAACUGAGGAACACGAAUCAGAAAGCGGCAUCAAAUCGAAGGAAACGCGUAAAUACGUCUUCAACUGUCUCGACGAUAUCGCGCAGGUAAACGUGCCAAGAGAUCUGGAAGGAAUCGAUCUCAUUUGUGGAAGGAUUGAUCGACAAGAGUUUGUUAACAUCUUAAAGAAGAUGCUGUGCAUGGAUCAGGAACAUCGUUUGACUCCUGCUGAGGGACUAAUGCAUCCCUUUAUACAGCUCACUCGCUUUGUUGAUUACACACGAUCAAACUAG